GCACUCACUGACCUUCCUUGUGCUGCCUCGUCCUGUAGCUAGACGAGUACCUUGAGUUUAUUACAUUAGUCUUUCAUUUUGAUUCAUCUGACAGAAGUCGAACCAUGCCGGGUUCGGUGGAGGUUCCCACUUUGAAUGACUUGAAUGUUGAGGAGGUAAGAACGAAUCAUGACGUUGAGAAACAAUCUGGUUAGCAAUGCUAGCUAGCUAUCAGCUGCAAUCCAAUUGUAGCUAGCAUAGCAAGCCAGCAUAGCAGGCUGCUGUUAGCUAGCAAGCUUGCUAAAUACUGGCUUUCGAACAAGGUUGCAAGCUUGUUAAAUACUGGUUUUCGAACAAGGUUGCUAGGUUCCGUGUUGAUUGCAAAGUAUUGCAUAGAUAGUGAUAACGCCAACUACUUGCUGAGAUCUGGGAGUAAAAAGUUAACUAACAAACGUUAACUAGGUAGCUAGUUUUUAAUUUAUGUACAGCAGUCUCUGUUUGGGACAUAGCUAACUACAGCUUUUACUAAAAACCAUGUCGUGAUACCCUACAAUGCAAGGUCCCUACCUAGCAAGCUUGCUAGCUAUAUUAUCAUGGGAAGUGAUUUAAUGCGUUAUUUUAUGCGUUCUAGCUAGCUAGCUACCUGGUUUCAUUGAAUUCCCCUCCCUCAAGUUGGCUCACAUCAAAAUGUAUUUCUGACUAGCCGUCAAUCUGUUAUGAUAUUCAGCCUGUCCUUGAGUGCAUUUGCAGGGCAACUGCAGUUGGCCUACAACAAGAAUAGUUGGUCUUUGGGGCGUGUCUAAAUACGUCAAUAUAAUGUUAUUUGCAUUCGGAACAAUUAGUUUUGAACUGAAUAAAAUUAGGUCUGUAAGAAAUAGGAACUGUUGCCCUUCUGAUCGCCAAUAUCAAAAACAGUGAUGUACUUUAACUGAUCUCCCCACUCCAAAUACCAGUAAACCAGAUUUAUGCUCCCAAAAAGUUAGUUUUAUUUCAAAGAUGGCAUAGCUGACAAUGUUCACCAUUGCUUUUUAUCUUUCGUAUUAUAUUAGGGAUUAGGCUGUUUAAUGUUUGAUAUUGAAGUAGGCUAUAUACGUGUCUAUAUACAGUAUGUGUGUCUGUGUUGAAUAGUGUCUGAAGAGUGUCUCAUUCUGCCUGUGUAGAUCAGUGUGUCUUCUGCAGUGCUGAAAGGAGCUGCCCACCACUAUGGCUCACAGUGUGACAAGGCCAACAAGGAGUUCAUGCUCUGUCGCUGGGAGGAGAAGGACCCUAGGAAGUGUCUGAACGAAGGGAGGAAAGUCAACGAGUGUGCACUUAACUUCUUCAGGUAGGUAAUCAUAGUGUUGACUGACUAUUAAACACCCAAAUGAAAAAGGUUGGUCUGUUUUACUUCAGCAACUUUAAAGCUGUUUUAGCAUCAUUAAGGACAUUACAUUACAUUUACAUUUUAGUCAUUUAGCAGACGCUCUUAUCCAGAGCGACUUACAGUUAGUGAGUGCAUACAUUCUUUUAUUAUAAUUAUUUUUUUUAUAUAUAUAUAUAUAUAUAUAUAUAUUUUUUUUUUCAUACUGCCCCCCCCGUGGGAAUCGAACCCACAACCCUGGCGUUGCAAACGUCAUGCUCUACCAACUGAGCUACAUCCCUGCCGGCCAUUCCCUCCCCUACCCUGGACGACGCUGUGCCAAUUGUGCGCCGCCCCAUGGGUCUCCCGGUCGGCUACGACAGAGCCUGUGAUGGUUGUGAUUGUUGUGAUUACAUGAUACAGUGCAUUCGGAAAUUAUUCAGACCUCUUGACUUUUUCCCAAAAAAAAUUACGUUACAGCCUUGUUCUAAAAUGGAUAAAAGUAUUGCUUCCCCUCAUAAUGACAAAGCAAAAACAGGUUUUUAGAAAUUUUUGCAUAUGUAUUAUAAAAAUAAAAAAAACUGAAAUAUGACAUUUACAUAAGGAUUCAGACCCUUUACUCAGUACUUUGUUGAAGCACCUUUUGGCAGCGAUUACAGCCUCGGGUUUUCUUGGGUAUGACGCUACAAACUUGGCACACCUGUAUUUGGGGAGUUUCUCCCAUUAUUCUCUGCAGAUCCUCUCAAGCUCUGUCAGGUUGGAUGUCAAGGACAUUCAGAGACUCGUCCCGAAGCCAUUCAUGCGUUAUCUUGGCUGUGUGCUUAGGGUCAUUGUCCUGUUGGAAGGUGAACCUUCGCCCCAGUCUGAGGUCCUGAGUAGGUUUUCAUCAAGGAUCUCUCUGUAGUUUGCUCCGUUCAUCUUUCCCUCGAUCCUGACUAGUCUCCCAGUCCCUGACGCUGAAAAACAUCCCAGCAGCAUGAUGCUGCCACCACCAUGCUUCACCGUAGGGAUGGUGCCAGGUUUCCUCCAGAUGUGACGCUUGGAAUUCAGGCCAAAGAGUUAAAUCUUGGUUUCAUCAGAUCAGAGAAUCUUGAUUCUCAAGGUCUGAGAGUCCUUUAGGUGCCUUUUGGCAAACUCCAAGCGGGCUGUCAUGUGCCUUUUUUUUACUGAGGAAUGGCUUCCGUCUGGCCACUCUACCAUAAAGGUCUGAUUGGUGGGAGUGCUGCAGAGAUGGUUGUCCUUCUGGAAGGUUCUCCCAUCUCCACAGAGGGAAUCUGGAGCUCUGUCAGAGUGACCAUUGGGUUCUUAGUCACCUCCCUGACCAAGGCCCUUCUCCCCCGAUUGCUCAGUUUGGCCGGGCGGCCAGUUCUAGGAAGAGUCUUGGUGGUUCCAAACUUCUUCCAUUUAAGAAUGAUGGAGGCCACUGUGUUCUUGGACCUUCAAUGCUGCAGAAAUGUUUUGGUGCCUCGACACAAUCCUGUCUCUGAGCUCUACGGAGAAUUCCUUCGACCUCAUGGCUUGGUUUUUGCUCUGACAUGCACUGUCAACUGUGGGACCUUUAUAUAGACAGGUGUGUGCCUUUCCAAAUCAUGUCCAAUCAAUUGAAUUUACCACAGGUGGAGUCCAAUCAAGUUGUAGAAACAUCUCAAGGAUAAUCAAUGGAAACAGGAUGCACCUGAGCUCAAUUUCGAGUCUCAUAGCAAAGGGUCUGAAUACUUAGGUAAAUAAGGUAUUUCUGUUUUAUACAUUUGCAAAAAAUUCUAAAAACCUGUUUUCGCUUAGUCAUUAUGGGGUAUUGUGUGUAGAUUGCUGAUGAAAAAUAAAUAAUUUAAUCAAUUUUAGAAUAAGGCUGUAACGUAAAACAAAAUGUGGAAAAAGUAAAUUAGUCUGAAUACUUUCCGAAUGUACUGUAUAAGAUUUUCAGCCUGCAUGUGUUUUUACAACAGAAAUUGAAAAGAUGUCAAGCCUUGUCAGGAUUCUGCUGUAUGUUUACUGUAUGAAACGGCUGAUUCACAUCUAGCAGCCUUUACUGAACUUCGCUGUCUGCCAUUUUGAUUCAUCGUCUUGUCAACAGUUUUCAGCCGAUGAAAGCCUCAACCUGGGUGUUUUGAUAUUGCCUUUACAACAGGGUGAAGAUAUUUCAAUUUAGGUUAAACCUAAAGCACAUGUUUUCCUUUCCACUUCUGUUCUGCAACUGACCAACGAGUCAAUGGAGUGGUAGGCUAACUAUAUACUGUCUGUCAGACAUGGGAUAUACAGGUAACUGACAAAAUAAAGGAAACGCCAACAUAGUGUCUCAAUAGGGCGUUGGGCCACAUCGAGCCAGAGCAGCUUUAAUGGAACUCGUGGAGGGAUGCGACACCAUUCCUCCACAAGAAAUUCCAUAAUUUGGUGUUUUGUUGAUGGUGGUGGAAAACGCUAUCUCAGGCGCCGCUCCAGAAUCUCCCAUAAGUGUUCAAUUGGGUUGAGAUCUGGUGACUGAGACGGCCAUGGCAUAUGGUUUUCAUGGGUUGUCUCACUGUGGGGCAUGGCGGGCGGCUGUGUUUACAGAAGGCCGCUGUGCAAUUAUAACACCUAUUGAUGCCGGACACACAGGCACAUACCUCUGCAGUGACUGGUAUCUGUCCCUGAAUUGGGCAGGGUUUGACAUGCAGGCUUGCUCUGUAAGGUCCACAAAUAAAACCACUUCCAAAUCAGGAACUAAUAAACAGUUCUGCUCCCAGAUGUAAACAGGGUUACUGAGAAUGGUAAAACACAGCAUUAUUGUAAUGGUACAAGGUUUUGGCAAACUUGUAAUUACACCUGGUUAUUUAUGCUUUUGGAGGUCCUACACCUAUCUGAAGUGGUACCUUACCCACAUUACAAAUGUCAAUAAACAUAGGGCUAGCUAGAUAGUAGUACAUGGAUCUGGACUGGAUAAUGUUUUGUAAUAAAAAAAAUUGGGAUCAAGGAUCAUAAUAUUAUGUAGUAUGUACUCAAGUGUUAAUUUGACCGUAAGAAAGCGAACUCUUGUCCAGCAUGUUUGGAAAGUGAUACAUUUAGAACUCACUUCAGUUGCCUGAGUGAGAUGGGGGACAUUCGUCAACAGCCUAUGCUCCUUAAAAGAACCAAGGGCUUAAGUAAGUAAAUAGAUGCCUGGGGAAGUGAUUCUGUCUUAACUGUCACCUUAGAAAACAACGUGUCCUAAUCAGAUGUUUCCUCCAGGCAGAUAAAGGGGAGCUGUGCUGAGUCCUUCACAGAGUACUGGACCUGCCUGGACUACUCCAACCUGGCGGAGCUGCGUCACUGCCGCCAACAGCAGCAGGCCUUUGACAGUUGUGUGCAGGACAAGCUGGGCUGGGAGAGACCCAACCUGGGAGAACUGUCCAAGGUGAGGUCCUUUAAACUAUUACCAGAAGGAAAAGUCGGCUCAUUUAGCAUAUGCUCUUAUCCAGAGCGACUUACAGCAGUGAGUCCACACAUUUUGUGGACACAUACAUACAUAUACUUUUUCUUUGUACCGGUCCCCCGUGGGAAUCGGAACCCACAACCCUGGCGUUACAAGCAUCAUGCUCUACCAACUGAGCCACACGGAACCUCCCAGACAUUUUUAUUUAUUUUAUUUCACCUUUAUUUAACCAGGUAAGCCAGUUGAGAACAAGUUCUCAUUUACAACUGCCACCUGGCCAAGAUAAAGCAAAACAGUGCGAUUUAAAAACAGCAAGUGAUAGAUGUGCAAAUAGAGAUACUGGUGUGCAAAUUAGCAAAAUAAAUAACAAUAUGGGGAUGAGGUAGUUGGAUGGCCUAAUUACAGAUGGGCUGUGUGCAGGUGCAGUGAUCGGUAAGCUGCUCUGACAACUGAUGCUUAAAGUUAAUGAGGGAGAUAAGUGUCUCCAGCUUCAGAGAUUUUUGUAGUUCGUUCCAGUCAUUUGCAGCAGAGAACUGGAAGGAAUGGCGGCCAAAGGAGGUGUUGGCUUUUGGGAUGACCAGUGAGAUAUACCUGCUGGAGCGCAUACUACGGGUGGGUGUUGCUAUGGUGACCAAUGAGCUAAGAUAAGGUGGGGAUUUGCCUAGAAGUGAUUUAUAGAUGACCUGGAGCCAGUGGGUUUGGCGACGAAUAUGUAGUGAGGGCCAGCCAACGAGAGCGUACAGGUCACAAUGGUGGGUAGUAUAUGGGGCUUUGGUGACAACGGAUGGCACUGUGAUAGACUAUAUCCAAUUUGCUGAGUUGAGUGUUGGAAGCUAUUUUGUAAAUUACAUCGCCGAAGUCAUGGAUCGGUAGGAUAGUCAGUUUUACGAGGGCUUGUUUAGCAGCAUGAGUGAAGGAGGCUUUGUUGCGAAAUAGGAAGCCGAUUCUAGAUUUAACUUUGGAUUGGAGAUGCUUAAUGUGAGUCUGGAAGGAGAGUUUACAGUCUAACCAGACACCUAGGUAUUUGUAGUUGUCCACAUAUUCUAAGUCAGACCCACCGAGAGUAGUGAUUCUAGUCAGGCGGGCGGGUGCAAGCAGCGUUCGAUUGAAGAGCAUGCAUUUAGUUUUACUAGUGUUUAAGAGCAGUUGGAGGCCACGGAAGGAGUGUUGUAUGGCAUUGAAGCUUGUUUGGAGGUUUGUUAAGUGUCCAAUGAAGGGCCAGAUGUAUACAAAAUGGUGUCGUCUGCGUAGAGGUGGAUCUGAGAGUCACCAGCAGCAAGAGCAACAUCAUUGAUAUACACAGAGAAUAGAGUCGGCCCAAGAAUUGAACCCUGUGGCACCCCCAUAGAGACGGCCAGAGGUCCAGACAACAGGCCCUCCGAUUUGAAAACAUUGAACUCUAUCUGAAAAGUAGUUGGUGAACCAGGCGAGGCAGUCAGUUGAGAAACCAAGGCUAUUUAGUCUGCCAAUAAGAAUGCGGUGAUUGACAGAGUCAAAAGCCUUGGCCAGGUCGAUGAAGACGGCUGCACAGUACUGUCUUUUCUCAAUCGCGGUUAUUAUAUCGUUUAGGACCUUGAGCGUGCUUGAGGUGCACCCAUGACCAGCUCAAACCAGAUUGCAUAGCGGAGAAGGUACGGUGGGAUUCGAAGUGGUCCGUGAUCUGUUUGUUAACUUGGCUUUCAAAAACUUUCAAAAGGCAGGGCAGGAUGGAUAUAGGUCUGUAACAGUUUGGAUCUAGAGUGUCACCCCCUUUGAAGAGGGGGAUGACCACGGCAGCAUUCCAAUCUCCGGGGAUCUCAGACGAUACGAAAGAGGUUGAACAGGCUAGUAAUAGGGGUUGCGACAAUUUCGGCAGCUAAUUUUAGAAAGAAAGGGUCCAGAUUGUCUAGCCCAGCUGAUUUGUAGGUGUCCAGAUUUUGCAGCUCUUUCAGGACAUCAGCUAUCUGAAUUUGGGUGAAGGAGAAGCGGGGGGGGCAUGGGCAAGUUGCAGCUGAGGGUGCAGAGCUGGUGGCCGGGGUAGGGGUAGCCAGGUGGAAAGCAUGGCCGGCCAGCCGUAGCAAAAUGCUAAUUGAAAUUCUCGAUUAUCGUAGAUUUAUCGGUGGUGACAGUGUUUCCUAGCCUCAGUGCAGUGGGUAGCUGGGAGGAGGUGCUUUUAUUCACAUACUAAAAUAAAGCUUUAGGUGAUUCAAUUAUAAGAUUAUGUUUGGGAACAACAAAACAGUGAUUCUAUGUAUUGGACUUUCAUUUUGUCCAGCUCCUGAUGUUAUGGUGCAUAACCCGCUCCCAUUCUCUUACCUAUACUACCCGCUUGUCUGCGGGUUGGUUUUCUCCCUUUGCCUCUCAGUCCUCCAUUAACGGUGCAAAUGCUAGGUAAACAGUACUUACUCACAUUUUGAAAACCGCUUUAAGCCUGUUGACACAGAUCUUCAUUGAACCUAAUAUGCUUUCUCUUUUACAAGCAAAACAUUCACUUGUGUUCUUAGUAUAGACCUACGAACCGGUCUGCUUGCUCCCUGUCUCCUCUUCUCUUUGGAUUUAUUUAACGUUUCGGCUCAUGUUUCUCUUCAGGUGACAAAGGUGGACACCACUCGUCCCCUUCCUGAGAAUGCUUACCACUCGAGGCCCCGGCCAGAGCCCAACCCUGUGAUCGAGGGCCAGCUGCAGCCAGCCAAGCACGGCAGCCGACUCUUCUUCUGGAGCUGGUAAAGGGUCAGCUUCCCUGCCCCAAUCCUAACCUUAACCAUUAGGAGGAGGGGAGGGGGGGGGGGAUGCAAAACUAGGGACAACUUCACCCUACACCAGAAUGCAGUCCUCCAGAGCCUAUCCCAUCAUGCCUGCUGUCUUGUCCAGUACAGCACACCCACCGUCAUCAGACCUCGUUGGACAGGAAGGGACGUCUUUGUGCACCAGCCAUCGUACACCUCUGCUGUCCCUAUAUUGUAGAAAUGUUAAUGAAUGAACUAAAAGCUACUUAUGUGUUUUAUUGUUGUGAAAUAAAUACUGAAUAUUGAACUUGUUUAGAAAUCGCCUGUCUGGUAGUUAGAAUAUUGUACCGCACAUCGGUUUUUAUGGGAAUGUUCAGCUGAAAUGUGUUGUAUUUUUUGAAUUUGGUUCAAAAGACACCAUAAAAUGUAUUUUCUACAAACUGUAGGAGAUCAUUGAUUAAGUUAUGAUUUUGCAGACAGGAACUGUGUCCUGGAGUGUAGUCAUCAUCAACUGUAUUGUUGGGUUCAGGGUCAGUACCUGUGGGCACAGUCCAGUUUCCUCCUGUUCUCCCUGCUCACUCUCUCCCUGAGACCUGGAGGAUGGUCCUGGGAAGACUGAUGGGGCCACUUCAAAGACAGUGUGCAUCCCAAAUGGCACCCUAUUCCCUAUAUAGUGCACUACUUUUGACCAGAGCCCUAGGGUGCCAUUUGGGACGUAACCCCAGAGUCAUAGAGAGAGAAGGCUGUUGUGCCAAUAUCCACACACUGUCAGACAAAGGAAAACUGUCUAACGAGUAUUGGAACAAUACUGAAGGGGACUUUAAAUGGCUUAAAGGUUCUCAAUUCAACUUUAUUGUCCCCACAGGAAACUCAGCAUGUCACUCUGACCUGUAGUGUACUCUUCACUAAAGUGUUAACAAUGAUGAGGCCUUUGUCUGUUUAGUGAUUCCUUAUGUUUUUAUAUUAUAAAGGGUUAUAAAGGUGUAAAUACGUAGAGUCAGAGUUCUGUUAGUGCAGUGUGGAGUCUGGUGUCAGUGCAGAAUGGGGUCUGAGAGGUCUGGUGUCAGUGCAGAAUGGGGUCUGAGAGGUCUGGUGUCAGUGCAGAAUGGGGUCUGAGAGGUCUGGUGUCAGUGCAGAAUGGGGUCUGAGAGGUCUGGUGUCAGUGCAGAAUGGGGUCUGAGAGGUCUGGUGUCAGUGCAGAAUGGGGUCUGAGAGGUCUGGUGUCAGUGCAGAAUGGGGUCUGAGAGGUCUGGUGUCAGUGCAGAAUGGGGUCUGAGAGGUCUGGUGUCAGUGCAGAAUGGGGUCUGAGAGGUCUGGUGUCAGUGCAGAAUGGGGUCUGAGAGGUCUGGUGUCAGUGCAGAAUGGGGUCUGAGAGGUCUGGUGUCAGUGCAGAAUGGGGUCUGAGAGGUCUGGUGUCAGUGCAGAAUGGGGUCUGAGAGGUCUGGUGUCAGUGCAGAAUGGGGUCUGAGAGGUCUGGUGUCAGUGCAGAAUGGGGUCUGAGAGGUCUGGUGUCAGUGCAGAAUGGGGUCUGAGAGGUCUGGUGUCAGUGCAGAAUGGGGUCUGAGAGGUCUGGUGUCAGUGCAGAAUGGGGUCUGAGAGGUCUGAUGUCAGUGCAGUAUGAGAUCUGAGAGGUCUGAUGUCAGUGCAGUAUGGGGUCUGAUGUCAGUGCAGAAUGGGGUCUGAGAGGUCUGGUGUCAGUGCAGAAUGGGGUCUGAGAGGUCUGGUGUCAGUGCAGAAUGGGGUCUGAGAGGUCUGGUGUCAGUGCAGUAUGGAGUCUGAGAGGUCUGAUGUCAGUGCAGAAUGGGGUCUGAGAGGUCUGAUGUCAGUUCAGAAUGGGGUCUGAUGUCAGUGCAGUAUGGAGUCUUUGGGCUGAUGUCAGUGUGGAGUCUGAGAGGUCCUUGGCAGGGGGAGAGGUAGGGCUGCCUGUUUGCCGCCAGGAAUACAGAGGGUGCAUCCAAAUUAGCACCCUAUUUCCUUGAUAGUGCACUACUGUUUACCAGAGCCCCUGUUGCUGACAGGGAAACACUACUCCUCUGGGGUUCAGUCCCAAAUGGCACACUAUUCCAUAUUAUUGUAAUUUUAUCAGCAGUCUUAAGCAUAGUGAGGACAUACAGUAGCUGGAUAUUCUGGACAUUUUUCUCACAGCCUCCAUCCUAUAUAAAACAGCCUCUCCAUCCUCAAAAAAACAGCCUCUCCGUCCUCUGUAAAACAGCCUCUCCGUCCUCUGUAAAACCAAUUCACAGAUGAGAUUGAGCCCAUUGAAUUCAGAAGAUGUCUUUAACAAAGGAGACAUUACUGUGAUGGCUACAUUCCUAUCCUCUCCUGCCCCCCUCUCCCGAAAAGGGAAACUCAAUUGUUGUCAGAGGGCCGAUUCUGUAGAGAUCCCCUGAGAUGUGAUCUCUGGUCUGUACCGGUGGCUCAUGCAGGAAGCGUCCGACAGCGGUGGUCCUGACCUGGGCGAUGUGCAGCGGGAUGGAUGGGACGAAACAGGGAUGAGGAAGGGGUCGAGAGGGGAUGGAGUGGCACAAGGCAGGGCCUGCCUGCGUGUGGCGGGCAGAGGAGUUGAGGAGGGUGGGUCUAGUGGCUCGUGGCAUGCCCGGCUCAGAGCCCCUCAUAGGAAAAGGGGGGGUCACCAUCAGUUGAAUCUGACCUCCUGCAGGAAGCCCACUCUGGCAGAGGAAAGAAAUACAAAACAGGACUUUGUCAAAUCAACAGCCCGCUCGGGACAGGAGACUGCAGUGCUAAAGCUCUUAAACAAGCGAAUUCACGUUCCCCAAUUGUCAAAGUUCCCAUUGUUCAGCCCACCACUUUGA